GAUUUCUCAAACACUGCCGUUGACUGAAGUGCAUGUGAGGUCUCAAGGUACUGUUCUGAGUUUUCAGACCAAACUUCGUUAGUUUGCACUAGAGGCUGGCGAUUGAAGACUUAUUUUCAAGACCUCACAUACCGCACAGGCCUGGAGUCAAGAAACUGUUUCAGUUAUGAGAGACGUGUCUACAACUGUCGCUGAUUUUCUAUGAAAAACAAUAACAAAAUAUAUUCGUUGAUAAGAGUGCUUUAUAACACAAUAUUUGACACGGAGACACGUCCGACGCCAGAUGGUUGUCUUCAUGUGGCUUUGAGCUCUCCUUUGAGCUCUCCUUCGUGAUUUACACAUUUCUAUGCGAUGGGAACCUGACAAUAAUCGCCUGUGACAUUUUACAACUCAGACAAAUUGCUGUCGUCUCCUGUGUCGCCAUGCCAGUGCGAUGCUGGCUGAAGUGCCAGGCAGGAGGUCACGUGACGGGCUGUUUCCAGUGGUGUGUGCCUGGCCGCCAUUCCACGCUUCCAGACUCCCGUUCAGCAGCCGUUAGAGCAGCAAGCCACCGUCGUUCGUGGAUGUUUCGGCCUGUGUACUUCUGUUUUAUUCCAUUUGGUGUGUAACACUACAGUGUAACCCUACCAGCUGUUUCACUUGACAAUGUAACUCUUCCCGUUGGUUGUUCGGGGCUGAUUCGCUGUUUACUUUGUGAACCAAAAGGUGAGCCCACAGCCAGACAGGAAGGCAGACCACAGCCAAAGAACAGGCGCCGCUUGAAAACAAAACGACUGACCUCCUUCUGAGUCGAGGAAAGAGUGCGACCCGAGGAGCAGGCCUGUGUAGCCUCUGUGUAGUCGUCUGGCCGCCCAUCAACUCAACCUAACAACGUUGCUAUGGAAACACUUCCAGCUCCCGUGCCUAUUGACCGCUGGAUCCCGCGGUUUGUUCUGGACCGGAUCUUUUGUGGCUACUAUGUCUUCCAGCUCAUCUCCACUCCUCUUCUUGACAUGCAAGGCACCUUGCCAACGUGGUUGUACCCUUCAUGGAUGCGGGCCUUCUUUACACACCACUUGGAGACAUGGCGGGACCCAUGGCUAGCUGACACCCGGGCCCACCCGUGGUACUUUGGCAUCGUAUUCUGGGAAUACCUCGUGCAGAUGCCCUUUUUCUUCGUGGCUUCCUACGCUUAUUACAAAGGUGCCCAGGCGUCGCCAUGGAUACGCAUCCCAGUGAUCAUGUACUGCACGCAGACCAUCACGGCGGUGACAGGCAUCAUCUUCAUGGCUCUGUUUGAGGACUUCAACGACUACACGGCGCUGGCCCCAACCUCCACCUUUCAGCGCCUGAAGUUGGCAUUCAUAUACUCGUUCUUCCUCGUUAUCAGCUUCCUCAACCUUUAUGACACCCUCUUCAGCAAGGUGUACCUGGGUCCCUCGCCACAAGCCCCGGGGACCCCAGUGACCCCAAUGACAGAGGAGGAGAGAAACAAGAGGGAGAUGAAGACGCAGCAUGAGGACUGAAGAGACCGAGAGCUCUCACGCACUCAUACUUAAAGCGCAUGGGAUAUAGAGAAUGGCUGGAGGAAGUCACAGGAUUCGAAGAAUACGAAAUGCCCUAUGGAACUAACAGCUUCGUGAAGCCCCACGUGGGUAAUGUAAGGGAGACAACACGAACAGCCACGUUUGCACGUGGCUUACCUCCCUUGCACUGUUGUCUCGGGCUUCGGCUGAGCCUGAAACCUUUUCAUAAGCUGAUGCCUCGCUAAGGACCAGUUGUGCAUUCACGCACUGGAAGCAAAACUACUGAUAUCAUUAGCUUGUUUUCCUGGAAGAUGACAACUGUUAAUGGUUUCUGUGCGUACCUAUUGACAUACAUUCAGCGUCUUUGAAUGUUGUCUACUUUUUUAUGUACAUCCAGCUUUAAACGCUUGUAUAUUUUAAAUUUUUUACACAAAAAGCUUUAACAUAUUUUGAUAAAAGUUUCCGCUGUUUAAGCGAUUUCUGUUUAUUUUACGACAAAUAACAUAAGGGCAAGGUGUCAAGCCGGUGGCUGACAGUGACUGACAAACACUAGACAUCCAGUUACUUUGUGGUGGUGUUGUGGUUGGUCUUUAUUUUCUUUGAUUACCGACAACAAACACAUGUUUGUUCAUCAAACAGGACGAAAACUAUUUAUUUAUCCCCAGGUACACCUGUAGCAUCAAUCUGCAAUGCUCCCUCCCCAACCUGGUAUGUUCCCGCCCCACAUACCCCACGGUAUAGAUGUGCGACACUUGUUUGCUCACCUGUCUACCCGCUGCUUAUUUAUUAUGGGUGCAGCAGUGAACAGACGGAAAGGACUAUUACGUCAUAUUUAACGUUUCUUCAGGAAUGAGGUUAUUAAUGGCGCAUUGUUCUUACUCUGCUUCCAGAACAUUCUCAUACAGAGAGUGUGUGUGUGCUGCUUACCUGUCUCGGGACACCAUAAUGUGUUGUAUAACUGAUAUUUUUCGCGAUGUCUGAUCUUGGUCAUCUCUCGAACCUCGGUUAUUUCCAUUUGGUUCCAUUUUCUUUUUCCCCUCCCAUCACCCUAAGCACCUGAGUAUUUGUGUAGCAGUAUUUUCAUCAGUGAUAAUGGCGUUCGACUAGUGGUAUUGUGAUUUAUGUGAAUCCGUCAUUUUUAUUCACCAUCGCCGGCGAAUUUGUUAUUGAACUAUGUACUUAAAACAGUAUUCCAGCAUGUAAUAAAUGUUAUUCAUCAUAUUUACAGAUGGUUUGACUGUUUCGUGUACCAACAAGUAAACUUAAUGAUAAUGCACCGUCUUGUGUUGAUUAUUGAAUAUUCCCUGUGUACUGUAUAUCGAACUGAUUAACCCACAAUAUAAUUAUAUUUGCUUUUAUUUUGGAAUGGAAUAUUGAAAAAUAAAUACAGCAAGCACA